AUGCGAGCGUUGGGUCGCUCACGAUAGUACUGGCACGGGAAAGAAUGGUAAGGAACACCAAGCCAGCGAGGCGAAGGAGGAAGCCGACCGACGCUAUUAUGUGAACCACCAGUAUCAGCAGCGGCAGACCCUCCUGCCCCCCACCAGGACCCCAAGUCCUCCCCGAGGGUAUGAAAUCACAAUCUCGAGCAAACAGCGGCAUUACAGCAACAACAACAGCGCCGACAGCAGGAGCGGGAGAGUAAGUCUCACCCCGGCACACCCAGCUAGUGGCGGACGACGACGCAUGGCACGGAUUGGCACCUCCCAGGCGUGUGUCCCGGACCGGGGCGGCCCUCACUAGCUCUCGCGGCUCCGCGGUGAACGGACCUCGCCCCUCGCCGCUCCCGCCUCUCACACACUCGCUCACCACCCUCACCCGCGGUGGUGACGGUGUGUCGCCUCACGUCCAGCGGAUCUGUGUGUGUGUGGCAGGUGCUGUAGUGGUGCACUUUAGCUCGGCCAGCGACCAGGCCCCAGUUCUUCGCGAGGCAACGACACUUACCUGGAGGAGAACUCAGGUAGCUCAGUGAUUGUUACCUGGUCACCUGUCCCUCGCAGGAACUGUGUCGUGUUGCUCUCCUGAAUUUUUAUCGUUGCAAUAAAAGGCGGAGCGUGGCGUGGCGUGGCGUGCGUGUGUGGUGUGUGGUGGAAAAGUCUCCUCGCUGCUUGUUGAGACUCGCGGCUCCUGACAGGUGUGCGUGGUGUGUCAUCAAAGGUGUGAAGGGACGAAGGCUGCUCACCCAGUGAUUUGAGAAUAUAUCCUGGAAAAAUAGAAAGAAAAGCAAAGAUAAGCUUUAUAUUUUCUCGUGAACAACUUAUUUUUUUGGUAAAUUUUUUGAUAACCCUGAAAGAAAGCUGAGUCAGAAUUUAACGCAGCCAGGGAGUGGAGGAGGCAGUGUGAGGUCAGUGUGAGACCAGAGUGUUGGGCGGCCUCGUGGUGUAAGGCAAUAGAUCUCGCCCUAAACUGGGAAGUGCACCAGGAGUCAAGGGAGGCGAAUACCAAGACGACUACUGUCGUGGGGGAUUUGUGAAUGCCUCUCUCUGUCAUCAGCUCGCACCUGCUUACCGCUCGCCGACCGUCCGACCACCUGGCAAACUCCAUAACACAAAGGUGAGCCUGCAAUUGGCGUCGAGCGGAGGGGAAUUGGAAUGAGGUGUUCGUCAGACAUUAAGCAGCGAGGGAAGAGGAGUCAGGAGGGAGUUUCUUGUCUCGAGGUGUUCUCCUUCCUGGUGGUGGAGGCAGAUGCCGCGGCCAAGCAGCGGCGCUUCACGUCACGGCAAGGAAAGGAAUGAAGGUGUUUUGAUAGCAAAGGGAAUGUAGUAAUCCUCAGUAAGCAACGCUACUCACGGAAUACAACGAAUUAUUAUUGUAGUAAGAUCGGAGACUGCAAAGUAUUAAGAAUACAGAAGAAUACGAUUGUUGUAACUCAGACAUUAUAAAAAGUGACAAGUCCAUUGUCCAACCCUGAUCCUUGGCAAUAUCAGAAGCAGCAGCAGCAGCAGCAGCAGCAGCAGCAGCAGCAGCCGUGAAGUGGAGGUGAUGCGCGCCAGGGUGCGGUGGGGGAGGCUGCCGCGGUGUUGAGGCGAGGCUCAGGGGGCGGUGUACGAAGAUGGCCGCCGUGCACCGCCGCCACGCGCCCUGAAGGAAGCAGCAUGGCGCCGCAGGACUCUCAGGAUUCCCUGCUGAAGGAGGCCUCUGAAGCUGGCCGCCUAGCUGCUUCUUCUUCCUUUCCUCUCACGCCUCCUACGCAGUGCUCCUGCAGGAGGAAUCAUUUGGACACCUCGAAAGGGAAACGCCGGGCCCUGUGUAGUGAAUAUCUAAUGGGAACCUCUGUGGCCUCACCCUCCCGCCCUCUCGGGGCCGCGGGACGCUCGAGUGCCUCAUCAGUGAAAGCCCCUCGACCGGCGGCAGCCAGGAAAGAGGCGAAACCGAGGAGUGACCCGAGGAGGCGUGGCCGAGCGAACGCUACAGCUCUCGGUGUCGAAUGAGCUUCAGGGGAUCGGGUCGGUCUCCCCUGGCGGCCCUCCUGCUGCCUCUCCAUUCCUUCCUCCUGCUCGGGUUGCUGCCCCACGCCGCGGCCUUCAAUCUAGAGUUCUGCAAGGAGCCCCUCGGUAUGCAGUCAGGCAGGAUCAACGACACACAGAUCUCUGCUUCCUCCUCCUACGACGUGUCCAGGACGGGGCCUCCCUCUGCCAGACUGAACAAGGAGGUGCAAGGGGGCGCCUGGUGUCCUCGCGGGAUGGUGGGAGGCAAAAGCCCAAAGCAGUUCCUCGAGAUUGACCUGAAGAAGACUCACGUGAUCUCGGCCACGGAGAGUCAAGGUCGCUUCGGGAACGGCGAGGGGAAGGAGUACGCGGAGAGCUACACGCUGGAGUACUGGCGGCCGGGUAUCAACUCCUGGUACACCUACAAGCGAUGGAAUGGAGACAAGAUCCUGGAGGGGAACGUGAACACCUACACAGCGGUGAGGACGGAGCUGGUGCCGCCCAUCCUUGCCUCCAAGAUCCGCUUUGUGCCAUAUUCGCCCCUGCCUCGCACCGUCUGCAUGAGAGUGGAAGUCAUCGGGUGCCCCUAUAAAGAUGGCCUCGUCUCCUACACCAUGCCGCAGGGGAUCAGCCGGGGCGUCGAGGUGGAUCUCCUUGACCUCAGCUACGACGGCACGACCACCGAGGGGCUGCUCAUUGGAGGCCUCGGUCAGCUGCACGACGGGAUUGUUGGCGAUCACAACUUUCGCUCCGACAUCGGCCACGGAAAAGGUUAUGAGUGGGUGGGCUGGAAGAACGAGUCACAUCAGCCCCUGGAGAUGGUGUGCGAGUUCAAUGCAGUGAGAAACUUUACCUCGCUUGUCAUCUUCGCCAACAACAUGCAUACUAAGGACGUAGAGGUGUUCUCGCGGGCCAAGGUGUUCUUCAGCGUGGGCGGGCGGUACUUCAGCUCAGUGCCGGUGAAGUACCAGUACAUGCCAGACGAGGUGUCGGAGUACGCCCGUAAUGUGACCAUCAACCUCCACCACCGCGUCGCUAAAUACGUGAAAAUCCAGCUGUUCUUCCAAGCCCGCUGGAUCCUCCUCUCCGAGCUAUUCUUUAUCUCUGCACCAGCUCGGGGGAACUUCUCGGUGGAAACAGGCCCUGACGACCCACCGCCCCACCCCGAGGCUCCUCCCCACCACGACUCCUCCUCUGGCUACAUGCUGGACGGCACGGCGCACGAGGACACCAGACGCAACAUGGUGCUGGCGGACGUGUCGGAGGAUCCACGCGGACAGGAAUACGUGGCACUGGUGAUUGGGGUUCUCGUGGCCGUCAUCAUCCUACUGGUGUCCGCCAUCCUGCUGAUUGUUUGGCGCUCCAGGAGGCAGAAGGAGGGCACCAUCACGCACGACAUCUACACGGGACCCUUUGGCGAGAAGCGGGACAUAGUGAACCUGAAGGAAGUGCAAAAGUUCCUGACGGCCCCUGCGGCGCUGCGCCCUUCCUCCCUCUGCUCCUCCCCGCGCCUCGGCACUCACAGGACCAAUGGCUACCGGCUCAACACCACUCUGCCAAUACACCCGUCACAGCUGGGCGUGGAAGGCGGCAGCGGAGGAGUGGGUGGAGGUGGCGGCGGCGGAGAGUUGGACAAGAACGGUCUCUACUCUGAACCGUUCCACAUCACAUAUAGUUCCAUGGGCGCCUACUCCACUCUGGGCCGGAAGCUUGUGCACGCCAAUCCACUCUCCAGUCCGGAUUACACAGAAUGUCCCUCAACGGAGUACGCCAUCCCUCACCUGACAGCGGACGGGAGCUCUACUGGCGUGUAUCCCCCGCCCUUGCCUCACUCCAAGCCGCCCAUGCACUCUCUCAACACUUUCCUGGGCAAGACCGCCACCCUCGGCCCCAACGCGCAGCAACCCCAGGAGAGCUUCUACGCCGCUACAGAGAUCAUCCAGCAGGGCGGGACAGGAAGCAGCGCGGGCAGCAAGCAGGGGCAGCAGGGACCAGGGGGCGCCGCACCCUUGGAGGAGGUGAGGGCCAAGGAGAUCCCACGCUUGGCCAUCACCCUCCUGCAGCAGAUCGGAGAGGGCCAGUUUGGGGAGGUGAGUGGAGUUCAUUUGGGCGAGGUUCAGGACGAGGACGGGGAGAAGCAGAUGGUGGUGGUCAAGACACUUCGACUGGAGGCUUCCCACUCCGUCAGGUGUGACUUCGAGCGUGAGGUGGAGAUUCUGGCGGGACUGCGGGACCCCAACAUCGUGCAGGUGGUGGGCGUGUGCUCGCGGGAGGAGCCCCUGUGCAUGCUGGUAGAGUACCUGGAGCACGGGGACCUCAAUCAGUACCUGCAGGCCCACAUCGCUGAGACCGCCUCUCCCAGGAACACUCACGCGCAGACGCUGAGUUACGGAUGCCUUAUCUACAUGGCCACCCAGAUCGCAUCAGGCAUGAAGUAUCUUGAGUCCCUCAACUUCGUGCACAGAGACCUUGCCACCAGGAACUGCCUGGUGGGGGCGGGACACAUCAUUAAGAUCUCAGACUUCGGCAUGAGCAGGAACCUCUACUCCAACGACUACUACAGGAUCGAGGGCAAGGCGCUGCUGCCGAUACGCUGGAUGGCCUGGGAGUCUAUCCUGCUGGGUAAGUUCACAACCAAGAGUGAUGUGUGGUCGUUCGCCGUCACACUGUGGGAGAUCCUGACCAUGGCGCGUGAGCAACCCUACGAGGAACUAACAGACGAGCAAGUCAUCGAGAAUGUUUCCUUUAUCUACCACAACGAGACCAGAAAGGUACUGCUGCCUCAGCCUACUAACUGCCCCAAAGAGAUCUACGACCUGAUGCGGGAGUGUUGGAAACGCUCCGACGCAGACCGACCCACCUUCAGGGAGAUUCACAUGUUCCUGCAGCGCAAGAAUCUGGGGUACUCGCCUGUUACCUGAGACCUGCUGGAAAACCUCCGCGGGAGCUGCAUGCCGUCUCCCCGGAGGUCGAUCGCCAGCCUGGGGUGGGACAUGUGUUUGCAGCCACGGCGCGAGUGCGUCGCACCGCUUAGUGGGACACAACACGCUCUUUCUGAAGGGGACAUGAACCAGUUGGAGGAUGGACAGUUGCUGCCUCCCAUCAGGAGGGGCUAUGCCACCUUUGAGCGGGAUCUUCGUCAGUACAGCCGCAACCUUCUGUACCGCUCCUACGACAGCCGGCAGCUGCGGCAGUGACGGCUGGCGCCAGGCGGCUUCCACAGCAGUGACCUUGACACCGCAGGAUAUGUCUGACCUAAGUGGACUACCGUGGUGUGACCAUUGAGAAUUUGUCUAGUUAUCUGGAGAAAGUGACGAUGGAAGAACGUGGAUGUUGUGUUUGUAAGGUUAAAGAUUGAUAGAUUAUUUAUUAACGGUGGACAGCGGCGCGCCCAGGUAGUGGUGGUGCCGCAGCCCAAUCAGCCAGUCAGCGUCUUAUCUAGUCGAGUUACUAAGUUGUUAAGCGACGCCGUGCUGUGUACAUAGUAGGAGGAAGGGAGGCUCUUGUGGUGACAGUGAAGAUACUUGCGAUUUGAUGCUUCAUUUAUACAUUAUGCUUCAGAUAUCUGUAAAUAUAUAAUAUACAUGUAUGUAUGUAUGUAUGUAUGUAUGUAUGUUUGUAUAAAAAUUUAUUACAUGUACAUAUCAUGAGACCAGAAAUUUUACAGUUGCAUUUUCAAUCUUUUAAGUGCGCCUAGUCAGUAACUUUUACAAGCUGCCUCGUUCAUGUGUGUUCAUCACUGCCUGAGUCGGCGGUUGGUCGGCCGCCGCCCGUGCCCGGCCGCCGCCUGGGGCUCCUGGUGCUGGCUGGUCCGGGGCUCGCGGGGGCCGGGGGGCGUGUGAGCGCCGCGCCACUGCAAGCUUUAGGAUAUGGCCUUAAUGACGCGCGUGUUGAGGUGAGGCGCCCCGCCCGCCCCAUCCCGCCCUACCCCGCCCCGCCCCGCCCCGCCCCGCCACCCCUAUGCUCCGUCACAUAUCAUAAGCUCGCAUCACUGUUCUGGGUUGAGUCAUUACUCAGAUUUUGGGUUCAGCUCCACAAGUCAGCGGGUCAUCUGUGCGGUGUGAAAACUCGUGGCAGAGCAGCGCGGGACAGGGCGAGGCAGGGCGGGCGGUGCCACGACCCCUGAACAGUGAACUCAAUAACCUCGUCUGGUGUCUGGUGGCGUCUGGUGUUGUUGUGCUUCGUGGCGGACCCGGACCGACGCCGGCUAGCACCAAGACCUGCGGCGGUGGAGAUAGAGGGUGACGAUAACUAAUUAUCCACAAUGAGUCUAUAAUCUGAUGAACGAACCUGCCGUGUGGACGCGCGGGCAGUGUUGCUUCAGGAAUCCUUGAGCGGGAAUUGUUCCCCAGGUGUGCCGCAGGUCGACGGUGCUGAAGGUGCAUCCGGUGCUGGGACGUCUGGGUCCCUUAUAUUUAUUUUAUUUUUUUUUUUGCACUUCCUUCACUAACACAGUGUAUAAGGGCAAUAGGCAGACGUUAGACUGUACAUAAUAUAGAUGUUUCCUAAAAGCGAGUCACUAGUUGACGUAGAGCGGACGCCGUAACGCCGCGGUGGACUAGUGUAAUGAUAACAUGAACAUACGAAGGUUAUGAUAACUUAAUGUUUUCUGUGAUAAAGUUUACCUUACUGAACGAUGACCGCGGCUGGAGGGCCCAAGAGCCUUAACACUUUGUCUCGCGCAUCCUUCAACGUGGCACAGCUUUACUCUUCCCCUCGAGCCCUGCAGGGCCACGCCUCUUAAGGCGCGCAUUCGCCCUGCACGGCGGUGGCCGAGCGUCGGGCGACGCUUCACCUCAUAACAAAUGUUCAUCUUCUCAAGCCUCUUUUGUCGACUCCUUUCGGACCAAUGUAAAUUAUAUUCUUCAUCACCUCCUUCAACUCACUUUUUUUUAUCACUGCUUCGCCUCGUCUCUCUCACUUUAAUUAUCAUCCUGUUCGCCCUUCCUCCCCCUGUGCCUUGUCGGUCGGCUGUCUGUAUGUCUGUCUGUUCGUCUGUCUGUCUGUCUGUCUGUCUGUCUUUCUGUCUGUUUGUGUUUUGGGGGUGGCGGUCAGCCUCUCCCCCCCUCCCCCUUGGUGCUCGAGACCGCCCCCAUCCCCCAAGCCCCACUUACGUCAUAAGUAAACGUCACCCCCUCCAGCACUACUGUUGGUCACAUCUCGCUGGAAAUUAACCCACCCACGAACACGCCACCUGUUACACACAAACACACACACACACACACACACAGACACACAAACACACCUGUGCAACAAUAAAGUAACUAGUGUAUGCUUUGCAUGCCCUCAGUAUUACCCUGAUUAUUGGCCUUCAGUGUUUGCUACUCAUUCUUUUGACAUAAAGAAUAACUAAGUUGUGAAUGAGAUGAACUGAACGCUGCUUGUGCCAGCGUUGUUCCCAACAGUAAACUACUAACCUCAUUAUUUUCGUUAUGUAGGUAUGAUAAUCUAUUGCGAAGAAAAUGGAUAUAUAAAUAUACUAUAUAA